CGCAUUCGAGCGAUCGAAGUGUCGCGUGCGUAAGGUUUGGUUCGAUCAAUUUGGUUGGUUAGACUUUGUACUCCGUUCGAAACACACGUGCGGUAGAGAAAAGCGGCUCGGUGCAGCGCGGAACCGAGUAGUGUGUCGCCCCGUGAAAAAGUUGGUCGUCGAUCGUGCCCGUGUUCUCUUUUCUCUCUCUUUCUCUCUCUCUAUUUAUCUAUCUUCUAUCUAUCUAUCUAUCAAUCAAUCAAUCUAUUUAUCUGUCUUUCUGUAACAUUUCGAAAAUUAACAAAAAGAAAGAAAGAAAGAAAGAAAUAAAUAAAGAAAGAAAAAAGUAAGUGGCGCGAUCUCACAACCGAGUGAUUAUCCGUGAGAAUUUAUCAAUCGAUUGGUGUUACGUUUGAAAUCGUUUGAAAUUGAAAUUAACUCGAACGUGAAUUUAUUAUCGACGAGGAAUGGCACUGGGCGCUCAGAUCGAGGCAUCCGGGGAAAACGGGAACGUGAAAAUACCCUUGCUGAACGGCACCGAGGAUCGAAACGAGACCGAAGUGAAGCAGAACGGCGAAGAAAGUGGUAGCACUAGUACGAUUGCAGAAAAUGUUGUAGAAAAGGGCGAGGUUGAAGCCACAAAGGAAGGGGAGAAAGAAAAGGAUAAGAAGGAGGAAAAAGUUGAUAAAGAACAAGACAAGGAUAAAGAAAAAGAUGCGGCAAACGAACAAGAAGUUGUUUACAUCCAAGAUAUGGGAUUUACUGUUAAAAUCGUUAGCCCUGGCGCCGAGCCAUUUGAUAUUCAGGUGUCUAGCAUGGAAUUGGUGCAGGAAAUUCAUCAAUUACUUAUGGAUCGCGAGGACACUUGUCAUCGUACUUGUUUUUCCCUUCAACUCGAUGGGAACACGCUGGACAAUUUUGCCGAGUUGAAAAAUAUUGAGGGCUUAAAAGAAGGUUCUGUUAUUAAGGUCGUAGAAGAACCUUACACGAUGCGAGAAGCUCGUAUACAUGUCCGACAUGUUCGAGACUUAUUGAAAUCUGUAGAUCCUACGGACGCUUAUAAUGGCGUUGAAUGUAGUAGUCUAUCGUUCCUAAACGUCGUUACCAAUGGCGAUAUUCUUGAGAAAAAGAAAACGCGUGCGGAUUCGGUCGAUUGCACUCCACCGGAUUACAUUAUACCUGGCUGUAAAGACAGGCCAUUAUUACCCUUGCAACCUCAAGCUAAAGAACAAAAAUGUCCGCCGUGCCUAAAAGUGUUAACUACGUCCGGAUGGAAUCCACCCCCAGGUCACAGAAAAUUACAUGGUGAUCUUCUAUAUUUACAUGUUAUAACUCUGGAAGACAAGCAGUAUUAUUUAACGGCCUGCGCUAGGGGUUUCUUUGUUAAUCAAUCAACAAAGGAGGUAUUUAAUCCAAAACCAGCAACGCCGAGUCAUUUGUGCCAUAGCUUGAUCGAGUUGUUAAACCAAUUGAGUCCAGCUUUUAAGCGAGGCUUCGCUGCCAUGCAAAGACGGAGAACCCAAAGACAUCCUUUCGAAAGAGUUGCCACACCCUAUCAACUUUAUGCAUGGAGUGCUCCACAAACUGAGCACACUAUUGAUGCUAUACGUGCCGAAGAUACUUUCUCGUCUAAACUGGGUUACGAGGAACACAUCCCAGGACAAACGCGAGAUUGGAAUGAAGAAUUGCAAACUACCAGAGAAUUGCCUCGUAAAAAUUUACCCGAAAGAUUGUUAAGAGAACGUGCCAUUUUCAAGGUUCACAGUGAUUUUGUCGCGGCAGCGACUCGAGGCGCGGUAGCCGUAAUCGAUGGCAACGUCAUGGCCAUAAAUCCGGGCGAGGAAGCUAAGAUGCAAAUGUUUAUUUGGAACAAUAUUUUUUUCUCUUUAGGCUUCGAUGUACGAGAUCAUUACAAGGAACUUGGUGGAGAUGCUGCCGCAUUCGUUGCUCCUCGUAAUGAUUUGCAAGGCGUUAGAGUUUAUGCUGCUGUUGAUUUACUUGGACUCUAUACUCUUGGCACUGUUGUUAUAGAUUAUAGAGGUUAUCGUGUUACUGCUCAAUCUAUUAUCCCAGGAAUCUUAGAACGUGAACAAGAACAAUCUGUUGUAUAUGGUUCUAUAGAUUUUGGGAAAACUGUUCUUACACAUCCUAAAUAUAUUGAAUUGUUAAACAAAGCUGGACAGCAAUUAAAAAUAUUGCCUCAUAAAGUAAUUAAUGAUACUGGAGAGGAAAUUGAGCUUUGUAGUAGCGUAGAAUGUAAGGGUAUCAUUGGAAAUGAUUCUCGGCAUUAUGUUCUAGAUUUACUCAGGACUUUCCCACCCGAUGUUAAUUUCUUAAAACUGGAAGGAGUUGAGUUAAGUAAAGAAGCAAGGGCAUUAGGUUUUCCGAUUGAACAUAAACACAAAUUGGCUUGUCUUCGUCAAGAAUUAAUCGAUUCCUUUGUCGAAGCUAGAUACGUUCAAUUUAUUAGACAUGCUGCCAUUCAUCUUCAACAACUCACGUCUGCACGAAAAUCGCAGAAGGAAAAAGAAUCUUCUUCAAAGGAAAAUAAAAAAGAUGAAACAACUGUUGUCGCGGUCGAUAGUAACAAAGAAGUUUCAACCCAAUCUUUGAUGGAGGCUGAUGAAGCGAAAAAAAUUGUUGAGAGCAUUACUGAUUCUAUAACGGGAGGUGAAAAACAAGAACUUGAAGAAAGUACUAAGGAAAUAGUUCGUAGAGCUGCAGCAGCUGUUGGAAGUUUACGAGAUGCGGAAUUUGAUGUAAGAUUUAACCCAGAUGUUUUCUCACCUGGUGUACACCACCCAGAUCCUAAUGGGGCUACGUUGAAGAAACAAAAGCAAUUGGUCAAGGAUGCUGCAGAUUUUCUAUUAACUGUACAACUUCCAACUUUCAUUCGAGAAUGUUUAGAUCAUACAGCUGCUGCCAUGGAUGGUAGCACUUUGAUAGAAGCUUUGCAUGGUAGAGGUAUUAACGUUCGUUAUCUUGGAAAAUUAGCGGUUAUGUUAGCUGCUGUACCUCAGUUAAGAUAUCUCAAUCGUAUCGCUGUUUCCGAACUUAUUUUACGAUCGGCUAAACAUAUUUUUACAUCUUAUAUGCAGGGUACAGAAUUAAUGAGUCUUUCGGCAGCUAUUAGUCAUUUUUUAAAUUGUUUGCUAUCUUCAGCACAAAUCAUACAUCCUCAACAAAAUCUUGAAGAAUUGCAAAGCAAAACGGCAAAAAGACGUAAUAAAAGAAAGGGUAGAAAUAAUGGUCCUCAACAGUCGGAAGUAGAAUGGGCAUCGUUGACGCCUAAAUCACUUUGGCAACAAAUUAAAGCAGAUCUGAAGGGUUAUUAUGAUUGGGAAACACCAACUCCGGAAUCAUUGGAUUCUACGAUCGAACAUUUUCAUUUGCAAAAGAUAUCCUUGCUUCGUGGUUUUUGCAUAAAAACGGGUAUUCAAAUCUUACUUCGCGAAUAUAAUUUUGAAAACAGAAAUAGAGCCACUUUCUUUGAGGAAGAUAUUUUGAAUAUUUUCCCUGUUGUUAAACAUAUCAAUCCUAGAGCUAGCGAUGCUUACAAUUUUUAUACAACUGGACAAAGUAAAAUUCAGCAAGGCUAUUUGAAAGAUGGAUAUGAAUUAAUUAGUGAAGCAUUAAAUUUGUUGAAUAAUGUUUAUGGUGCUAUGCAUCCUGAAAUUGCACAAUGUCUUAGAAUGCUUGCAAGAUUGAAUUAUAUAAUGGGAGAUCAUGGAGAGGCGUUAGCAACUCAACAAAAAGCUGUGCUCAUGUCGGAAAGAGUUAAUGGUAUAGAUCAUCCAUACACUAUCACGGAAUAUAUUCAUCUAGCUUUAUAUUCUUUCGCAAAUGGUCAAGUAUCAGUGUCGUUACGACUAUUGUAUAGAGCACGUUAUCUCGCAUUAUUAGUUUGUGGAGAAGAUCAUCCGGAAGUAGCUCUACUCGACAGCAACAUUUCUUUAAUAUUACACGCUGUCGGGGAGUACGAAUUAUCGCUUAGAUUUUUGGAACAUGCGCUGGAUUUAAAUCUUCGUUAUCAUGGUCCGCGUUCAUUAAAAGUAGCAGUGUCCUAUCAUCUCGUAGCAAGGACCCAAUCAUGUAUGGGUGAUUUCCGUGCGGCUCUAAAUAAUGAGAAAGAAACUUAUGCAAUUUACAAGCAACAAUUGGGUGAAGAUCAUGAAAAGACAAAAGAAAGUAGUGACUGUCUCAGACACCUCACUCAACAAGCUGUAGUUUUGCAAAAGAAGAUGAACGAAAUUUACACGGGAAAAUCUGGUGUUACUUUACCGCCUAUUCAAGUUCAACCACCGAGUAUGGGCUCAGUUCUCGACAUGUUGAAUGUGAUCAAUGGAAUUCUUUUUGUACAAAUCAGUCAACAAGAUAUUGAAAAUUUCAAAGCGGAAAUUGAAAAGCGACAGAAGGAACAAUCGCCAGACAAUGAAAACAAAGCGAUCGAACCUGCUGAAAGUAAGAAAAACGAUCAAGAAAAUCGAAAAGUUGAACAACCAAAGUCCGAAGAUAAAAAGUUAGAAGAGAAUAAAACAGCAACGUUGGAACCAGUAAUAACAGAAAGCUGAACAUUUUAUGCACAUACACAGAGAUAGAAAGAGUUAGUAGUACCAUUUUCGAAUCCUAGUCUCUCUCUCUGAUCAUGCCCGCGUUUAACCUUCGGAUAGAAGGAUAACGCUUAUAAGAACACAUAUAUACAAUUGGGAUUAAACUCGGAGUGGGGCGCAGUGUCUUUGUAAUAGGAUUGUCAAAUAGUGCAUUAUAUUUGUUUAUAGUGCUAUAAUAAUGUUGGAACUUUUGCAGUGCAGUGUUUUAAAGUCGUAAUCAAUAAUGUGGGAAAGGAACGCAUUUGGAAAAAUAAUACAAAAAUGAGAGAACAAAGGAAAAAUAAAUGUUGCGGAUUUUACUUAUAAUCCUUUAAUGAUAUCAUAAUCACAUAUAAUAAACGAAUUGAAUUGUUGUUUAAAUGUAAAUAACAUUCAAAGAGAUCUUGUUCUCUUAUAUAAAAAAAAAAAAGAAGAGAAUUUAUCGGUGUGGUUUGAUAAAUACCAAAAAAAGAAAAUUUCAAACGCGUAAUUGAGAAAAUUCAUUUUGAUGGAAGAGGAAGAUAAGAGUUUUCAUAAUAAUUGCAAAACAUUUUUCUAAGGCCUCGAAUAUUUAUACUUUCAUUAUGGCAAAACUAUAUCGUAACAUAUACAUAUAUACAUACAUACACAUAUACACAUACAUACAUCAUACCAUAUAAACAUGUGUGCGCAUACGACAUGCAACCUAUAAAAAUGCGUCAGAUUUGGAUCAUUUGUUGAUUUAUUUUAUCAAACUUUUAAUGUUAUUUGCAUAUACGAGAAGAGAUCUUAAGAUGGCGCUUGUUUUAUUUUUUUUUUUUUUUUAAAUGGACUGUGAACGUUUAUCGACACUUUAUUACAUUUAAGUACUUUGUUUUCUCUUUGUUUUUUUUAUAGUUAUAGAUAGUAUACGUUAUUAGUAGCACAUGUAUUUGGAAAAGUGAUCCUUUUGUGUCAUAAAAAUAUACUUAUAUUGCUCAUUAUUCUUGUUACCAAUGAUAGAGAAAUGUAUAAUGCCAUUUUAUGCUCAUUAAUCAUGAAAUGUUACUUUUUAUAAUUUAGAUUUUCAUUAAAUUCGCUUUAAGGGGCUUCCUGAUCGUUUUUUUUUUUUUAUAAAUCCAUUUACUUACGAAAAUAUCGAUCAUUAUAAAUAAUGCAUUUGCCUUUUAUUAUGCAUAGAAUAAACAAUAAUGGGGGAUCUAGCAUAAUGGCACACUUAAAUACAUUAUUACAUUUGUAAUCAUUUACACAUACACGCAGAUGCAACUCAUUAGUCAAAUUACUGCUAGAGUAGCAUUAGUUUAAUGUAAUCAUUAGUUAUAUCAUAAGUAAUACUAAGAUAUCAGUGAUUAAUACAAAGAUGUUAAUAUUUUUUUGUUCUUCUGUAUCACGUUGAUCGAAUAUUUGACUCUUAAAAAAAAACAAAUAUAUAUACAAGUAUCAUAUUUCAGCUUUGUUUUUAGAAUCAUUACGAUUGAAUCGGAUUAGCUUCAAAAAUAUUAGAAAAUAUAUCAUUAAAAAAGAAACCAAAACAGACUGUUUUAAAUGCAAUAUAAAUAGUAAAUAUAAAAAUAGCCUUUAGAUGCAUAAAGUGUUAUGUUUAUUAUUAAUAAUAGUAAAAGAACUGAAUGAGUGAUUUAUUAUUGUAAUCAUACCAUAUGUCGUUUAAAAAAAAAAAAAGAACAGGUUUAUACACUUCCCCCCUCCGCCCGCUACAAAACGUAUAAAACUGAUAAAACGGAAAUUGUAUGAUAAAGAAACAUUAGUCUAUAAGUAUUUGAUUAUAAAUAAAGUUAAAUACUUGAUUU